AUGCGGAACAGCAUCGGCAAGAGCCCCUUUCACGCUUGCUAUGACCUCAAGGGUUGCGCGGAUGACAAGCUCAUCGAAAAAGAAGGCGAGCGGAUAAAGGCAGUGCACAAACGGAUAUGGAACGUCGGCAUGUGGUGCGGCCAGAUCAACUGGACCGACGAACGGAAGCGCUACUACGCUGGAAAGCUAGAGGCGCGAGGAAUCGAGGUGGAGCUGCGCCCGCAUCAACGGUCGCAUUUCAUCAGCUUGUUGAAGAGAGACACGGACCUUCUGGCAGGCCACAACCUGAUGGACUACAGCUUGCUGGUGGCCACGAAGGAGACCCCUUCCGGGCUCGAAGCGCCUGGACCGGCUGAGUUGACGCCUUACAGGUGCCCAGGAAAGAAUGGCAAGGACUUGUUAGUGUACGUGUCCCUGAUCGACUUCCUGCAAGUCUGGACCAACGGCAAGCGCGUGGCGAGGUGCGUCAAAGUCUGCGAGUGCAACAAGGCAACGAUUCCGCCAAAGGAGUAUGCCUCGCGUAUGCUGACGCACUUCACCCGUCAAGUGGUCGAUGGGCAGGGCAACGAUGCCGACAGCGUGGACAUCGACUUCAGCAUGGAGAACCUCCCCUCUGAGAAGUUGAUCAGCCGACCGCUCUCGAUGCGCUACGGCAACUCCUUGAGGCGCUUCUCGCAGUAG